CAAUCCAACCAUGUCCUGAAUCAGUCACGUGAUACAGCGACCUUGAGAGGCUCGUCACCAUACUUCCGGAGCCUUCGUGGAAAAUCUUUCUGGAUAACUCGACACGAGCCUCGUCCAUCAAAACCCAUCGGUAAAACACCGGGGAACAGCACUCCGAACUUUUUUAUUCGUGGUUUAAGUUGCACUAAAACUCCUCAAGACAAAGAGUGAAAACAUAGCAGCUGCUUUUCAUCAUGGCAAACACCGAGUUAUCAGACCAAAAACCAACGGCUGUUGCUGUGAGCAGGAUUACUUUAGGGAAAUGAGCAAGAAACCAGCGUGGUCGACCAGGAGACAUUCAGAGGGACUACUGUGAUGUGGUAACAGUUCAUACCCCGAGGAAAUUGUAUUUUUACACUCGGAACAAUAUUUUUAUUCUAAUUUGGCAAAUUACUCAAGGAAAGAACGUUCUGCCGAAACACCCAACUCGCCGAUCAGCAGUGCGCACGCGUAGGAAAAUAACGGAAGAAAAACCGGCAGGGUCAGCAUGGCUACCCAGCAGAUUGAUGUCUACCAGGAACCGCGCCCGUCCAGAAUCAUCCAGAAAGCGCAGUUAACCUGUAAACUGUACUUGCUGGAAAAGGCUCGAAAUAAUCUGGAGGAAGAACUUCGGGACUUCACAAAUCAGGCCUAUGAAGAUGCGCAUGGUGUCCUCAACUCAUCUAUUCCAAACCCUCGGUUCAACGAUGUCAUAAAGGCUCUGGACAGAAAGUGCAACGAAAUUGUGAAGCUCUCGGCUUUGUUAAAGAAUUAUAAAGCUGACUACCAAUCAUUAGAUAGGGUCAGCUUCAACUACUUUCAGCCACUCAAAGCCGCUCUGUCCCACCAGCAGCUUAAAGUUUCCCUCGAUUCCCUGCGCCCUUUAAGGCAGCAAGAUGGUGGCAAGUCAUCAGACUUGGACAACAGUCCUCUGGCUCCAAGCUCCUCCCGUUUAAAGCCGGAAAAGGCCGUGUCUGAAGAUAAAAACAAAGACGUCUCCAUGCACAUCCCAGCUGCCAUUAUUCAGAGCAAUCUGGUGAGUGAAGGGAAGUCAGAAGUCCGACUGCCUUCUAUCCAAGAUGCUUUCUCAGAGAAGUCACAGUGCAGCCUGAAGUCUCAAUUAAUCUGGGGCCAUGGCGAUGACGUCCAGGUGCUACACCAAAAGCAAACUUCCUCCCAACUGCUGUGCUUUCUCAAAGAGAAAGCUAAAACCAAGGGUUCACUCAAGGUCACUUUUUUGGAGCAGACUAAAAGCAAGUACAAGGCAAACAAUUCAGGGUCUCCCCUGCGGACGUCACCUACCGUCAAAACAAAAAGCUAUCAAUUCAGGCAUGUUGUGACAGAUGACUCCAUAGACGAGCGAGGUCCUAAAACAUUGCACGCAAACGUUAACCACGCUCCGGUUUUCCAAGUGAAGAGAGUCCACUCCUGCGGCUCUUUGAUCUACAGUUGCGUCAUCGCCACGGAAACUGAAUUAUGGGACAUAGGAGACAUCUUCACAGAGGUUUUGCUGGAGGAAUCUGUUCAUAGCACUGCUUUGGAUACUAACAAAUUGCAGCAAGCGUUUGCACAGGUGGAGAACUCUAGUAUCAGCAUAGAAUUAAAACCCCAAACUCUGCAGCACACGCAACCCCGACUCGAAGAAAACGACUCGGAUCAUCCAGGUCGGCUGGCAGCUAAUAUUGUAAGCAUUCCCGAAUUUGAGAUCCGGAAGUUUGAAGAGGCUGAAGUGGUGGUGUCUCAUGUUGUCAGCCCCAGCCACUUCUACAUCCAGCAUGCAGACUCCCAUAGGAAACUGGAGGCUCUUUUUACAGACCUUAAAGUCAGUCAUUUAUAUGGUGAGCAGAACUGCAUCCCAGACAUCGGCGCUCAGAUCAUCUACUGGUCUCCACAAGAUGAGCAGUGGUUCAGGGCUCAGGUGGCUGGGAUUUCUGGAGUGAGCAGUAAUGGGACUGGGAAAAAGUCAUCCAUAAACGUGGAGGUGAACAGGUUGGACUACGGUGACAGUUCCUGUGUGUCACUCUGUAAUGUUAAGCAGCUCUCCUCAGAAAUGGCGGUGCUUCCACUUCAGGCUCUGCAGGUUUCCAUGGCACAUGUGAAGCCCAUUAAUGGCACAGAUUGGACUGAGGAGGCGGUGGGUUGGUUCAAAGCAAUGGUACACGACAGGACGCUGUAUGCCAGAAUGUAUCCACAGGGGCCCACGGUUACAGUUGAGCUGUUCCUGGAAAAGGGCAAACUUGGAGCCAUGAGGAGGGGUGCAUCUCUGUCUUUGAGAUUAGCCCAAAAUGGACAUGCGAGGCACAGCAAAGUGAAGAACAAUUGUCUUCUGAAAAAAAGUGCUAUUCAACGUGAAAUGAAGAAACAAGAGUCUGAAUGGGAAAAAUAUCUCAUUUCUUGCUACUCUCAAAAUAAAAAACUGUGCUUCACGAUUUUUGUAAAAUGCCAACCUGACUCCGCAGCAGCGGCCCAGGUCAAGGGCUUCCUUCACGUCACUGAACCUCCAAGCACAAUAAAUAAUGUGGCGAAGCUGAGGCCUUUUGUGUCCACACAGAUUCCUUCCUUUGCUGCAGACCUGGAGUCGAAGAUGAACUGGGGAACCUUUUAUGCCGUGAUCAGCGGUGUAAACAGGCAUUCCACUGGCAUCGGUCGCAUAUGGCUCUCCGUCAUCUUCAUCUUCCGCAUCCUGGUGCUGGUGGUGGCCGCCGAGAGCGUUUGGGGCGAUGAGAAGUCCGGCUUCACCUGCAACACCCAGCAGCCCGGCUGCAACAGCGUCUGCUACGACCAGUUCUUCCCAAUCUCCCACAUCCGGCUGUGGGCUCUCCAGCUCAUCCUGGUGUCCACCCCAGCGCUGCUGGUGGCCAUGCAUGUGGCCCACAGGCGACAUGUCGACAAGAAGGCCCUGAAAAGGUCGGGCCGCGGCAGCCCCAAGGAGCUGGAGCACAUCAAGAACCAGAAGUUUCAGAUCACAGGAGCUCUUUGGUGGACAUACAUGAUCAGCAUCAUCUUCAGACUCAUCUUUGAGGUGGCGUUCCUCUACGUCUUCUACUUGAUCUAUCCUGACUUUAAAAUGGUGCGUCUGGUGAAAUGUGACUCAUACCCUUGCCCCAACACGGUGGACUGCUUCGUCUCCAGACCAACAGAAAAGACUAUUUUCACAGUGUUCAUGCUGACCGUGUCCGGGGUGUGCGUGCUGCUCAACCUGGCCGAGGUGGCUUACCUCAUUGCGAGGGCCUGCAAGCGGUGCAUGAGUCGCCCCGAGGACGAGGCUAAAGCAGCUUGGAUAACUCAAAGGUUCUCUUCAUACAGACAAAACGAAAUCAAUCAGCUGAUAGCAGAUCAUUCGCUCAAGUCAAAGCUAACUGUGACCAAAAAGAGCCCGACUGAAAAGGGCGAGAGAUGUUCUGCCUUCUGAAGCGUUGUUGAACUAAUAAAUCAUGCCUGUACUAUGUAUUCUCUGCUUUAAUGACA